AUGGAUUGGUCCUGGACAUCCAUUGUACUGGUUGAGGAACUCCGAGAGAGUCCUCUCCAAACUGAUGUUAUACAACAGUUUGUUCAUAUUGCCCCAUUGACGUUGUUCAGCGUUUUCAGCUCUCGCAUCGUUGAUGUUAUCCGCACAUUCUACUCGAGUCGUAGUCAAGCCGUGGACGGACUGGACCAGAAGAAACGCGAUGGCAAGGAACUUCAUUGUUGGAAGGUGUACUUCGAAUCAAUCGAAACUGAGCUUUUUAUUGUAGAGAGAGAGAGCUUAUAUAGCGGGAAAAUCAAGAUAAGAGAUCGAAAGAUAAGGGACGAUAAGAGAUCUUAUCGAUAUCAAAAGGUCGAAUUCACGGUAUUUUAG